CCAGAUGACGAGGACUGGGAAAUAAGUAAUGAAACCAGUUAUGAUUGGGCUAAUGAUAAAUGGCAACCUUGAAAAGAUACUAGUGAUCGUGGACAAAUUUGCAGUUUACAUAACAGACCCAUGAGUUACGAUGUAUGCCUUGGACGAACAUCGCUUUUAUCGAAAGGCGCGAAGAAAGUUUUCCGUGAAGACCUAUGGCCUAUUGUUCCUGUGGCUGCUUUUGGCCCUGAUCCAGUGGCUGGUAAUCGUUUUAAUUGAAGAUGCACGGGAGACAUUCCGAUCGCUAUACUACAUCUGUUUAGUGACCUUUGCACUGGCCAUCUUGUUAUUCGCAAUCUUCAUAUUUGUUGAGGAUCUACGCUUCGUCACAUGUCUCAAUUUUCUCGUAGCACUGAUUAUUGUGGAGCUUCAGAUCAUAUCAACAUUUAUUCUAGUCGCUCUGAGUUGGUGGGCAGAUGUUCUGACCUUUUUUGCAGUGGCCUUAAUACUGGUAGUUUUGUUCCUGCUCAUAGGAGUAUUUCUACCAGCGAAAAUGGAUCUUACCCUAGACAUCGCAAUUAUAUUCAUAAUCGCAUUUCUCUUCCUGAUUAUCGCCAGUUUUAUCCUAUUAUUUGAGUUUCUGGUUGGGCAAACGAGUCCGUAUGCCUAUUUAGUGGUAGAACUAUCUGUAACCCUAACGAUUUUAACGUUCGUGAUGUACCAUGGACAAACUAUCAAUGGGAACCGAUUCGCUGAAAUGCGUUUGAAUGAUUUUUUUCUGGCCUCUCUGAUACUCUUUCAUGACUUUCUCAUCAUUUUCUGGCUAACAUUCUACUGGCAGACCAAUUACAGACCUAUAACGGCCGAUUCCUGGAUGGAAACCUCUACCCCGUCUCCGGUUUCUAAUGAAACCCGAGUUUUAUAUAGAAAUCUUGGCAUUAAUUCCGAUUGGGUGACAAGCUUCAGUCAAACAACAAGGCCAUCCUCGGAGGAUGAUCCCUGGCUUACUACAAGUUUUGAUUACGACGAUAAUGCCGAUGGCGAUGAUUAUCCACAGAUUCCAAAAGGCCGAGGAAAAGAAGUACCUCGAGGAGGACAUGGGCAUCGGGACCCUAAUGAAAUAGACCCCAUAGACAGACGCAGGCCAAAUAACCGAGACUCCACGAUCGAUUGGUCGGUUUACCAUCGAAGGCCAAGUUAUAGAGGGGGGAAUAGGGAAAGAGCCCGCAGCAAUGUUCCAAAAGCAAAUCGUAAACCUGAUGACUGGGAUCCUGAAUAUAUAACUCAGGGUAUCGAUGGGGAGGUGCCAUUCGAUGACGCCGAUGCAAGAGAGUUUGGGAAAUCAGUUGGGUCAAACGAUAUAGUACAUCAAACGACCAAUGAGGACCAUGCUGGACCAUGGUUAGAGUUUGGUGCUGCCGAAGGAAAAUUGGCAGUUGGCCUUGGUAAUCCACCUAUCGAUUUUCCUUCGGCAGAACACCAGCCGAAUGAUGGUCCUACAGUUAAGAAAAUGCCCAAGUCUGACGACACUUCAAACAUAUAUAUAAUACCCAAGGCACCACCUUUGGACCGCAAUCGUGGACAUCUAACCGAUACUGAUUCUAGAAGUGACAUUCGAAAUGGAGACCAAGAAGUAGUCACGGUUUAUCCAUCGCCAAAUGACAACAUGCAAAAUAUUUAUGUUUUACCAGGGUCAAAGGUAUUUCUAGAAAGUGAUAUCAAAAUCAGAGAGCCCAAGUUGUUAGGCGACGAAAUGAAAGGCUUUACUAAACAGCAAUUCUCAGAAGGACUGCCAGAUGUUAAUAUGGAAUACACACCGCAAUGGGAGGAACUUAGCGAAGAUGAGAUCAGAAAACUAUCGGGCCAGCAGAUUACUGGCCGUUGGAUUGAACCUUUAGUUACAAGAGAGCCUUAUAAGCCAAUAAGCCAUCCAGACAACGAGAAACUUGUAAUGAAUGACAGCAUAAACGUAUUGAUAUAAGCUUUGCAA